AUGGUCAUCCCGUCCACUAAGGGCUGGUCGUCGUCGCAAGAGCAACGAGAUCCCACCACUGUCCAAGUGCUGGGCAUGGACCAGUCUCGUGCAGGUGAAGCUUACUACACAUCGGAUGCAUCUACAUCCCAGAUGCAGGGAGACUAUGGUGUGACACGCGCCUACAUUCCCUCGCACCAUUCCACCGCCUCUCGUCUUCAGAAGCAGUCUUCUUUCAGCACGGGCGCUUCGCAGAGCUCUUCUGGCAGCGAAGCGCCCCAUGAAGCUCCCUCGGCAUCUCGGCGCUCCGCUGAUCCGCAUGACGCAUCCACCUCAAGACUCGCUGGUCCUUCCGACACAGCUUCCUCGCGUCGAGCUCACCUUUCGCACGCUGAUCGCGGCUUGAGCCACAAGGACUCAUUCGGCGGUACUUAUGCUUUCACCAGUGGCGCAGAGCUCAGCUCAGAAUCAGCAGACGAGACAUUCGUGUCUCCCUACCUUGGUAGCUCCCAACGUCUUGCCAACGUGAAUGACGACAAUCGCCCCACAGAAAGUCACUCUCGUGACGACUUUCUUUCACGUCCAACGCAACGACACAGAGACACCGCACGAAUUGCAAACACGCCCGGCUCCUAUCAUUCGGCGGACGGCAGCGGCAUUUCCGAUCUCACCGAGCCCAUCGAGAUGCUAGGUCGAGCCUCAGCCUUCUCUGACUCCGCACCUUCUCACACAUCGCGUUCGAAGUCUUCUGCACUGCCCGCUUCCCAGUCUCGCACCGCACUCUCCGCUGCGGCUGCUGCUGCGUCUCAGAGCGACAAUGAUCUGGCGGAUGCCACCUUCGCAGCCAAGUUCGACCAGUCGUUGGCGCUAGACGCUACUGGCCGUCGGAGCAAACGCUUCGUUGAAGCAGACUCCUCAAGCGGUGAGCAGGAUGAGCGAGGUCUCCCAAGAGCUGCUGCUGAGGCAAGCUCGCAGGUUAACAGCGCUACUCCCUCAGCAAACUCUCGGGACUUACGCCGAUCUGAAGCAGCCUCGGAUGAUGCGAGCUUGGCGUUGGCAACACAGAGAAAGCAACAGUCAGCAUCCACUUCAACCCCAACGUCGCAAGCUCGACGCGACAGAAGCGACAGGGACAAGUCCAGCAGCAGGAGACCGACGUCCAGCCGUCAUCGCGAACCAGCUGCUUCCUCUGGAUCAGCGCGCCCAGAUGCAGCCAGCUCUGCGACUCGCUCUCUCAAAACAUCUUAUCGCACUUUGCCUCAGCUGCCUUCGGCCAGCAGCGUUCGACCUGCCCCUCCGCCUGCCAUGUACUGGUCCAAAGCUCCCGUCCACGGCAGCGUGCCUCGCCGCAGUUUCCGCGCACACACUGCCAACCUAUGCGACGAAGUGCUCUGGCUCUUUGGAGGAUGCGACAACCGCGGCUGCUUUCGUGACCUUUGGUGCUUCGACACCGAGACCAUGUGUUGGUCCAGACCCAAAGUCACGGGCGACAUUCCUCCAGCACGUCGCGCACACUCAGCAACUAUGGUCAACAAACGCCUAUUUGUGUUUGCUGGUGGAGACGGCCCUCACUAUUUCAACGACCUCUACAUCUUCGACACCGUUUCCUUGAGAUGGUCCAAACCUGAAGUCGGUGGCACAGCUCCCAGUCCAAGACGAGCACAUACUUGCAACUACUACGAAGGUCAGCUCAUCGUCUUUGGCGGAGGCAACGGCGUUGGAGCACUCAACGAUGUCCACACACUUGACGUCAACGAUCUCUCGCGACUCGAGUGGCGCAGGAUGGAGUGCAGCGGCAAAGUACCCAUUGGCCGUGGAUACCACACCUCGAACCUGGUUGACGGGAAGCUCAUCGUCAUCGGUGGCAGCGAUGGUCACAUGUCGUUCAACGACAUUCACAUACUUCGACUCGAGACCCGCACCUGGUACCAGGUCAAGACGGACGAGAUUCACAAUCGCCUUGGCCACACUGCGACCCAAGUUGGCUCGUACCUCUUCAUCUUUGGUGGCCACGACAGCAAGACGUACACUUCCGAGCUGCUGACGCUCAAUCUCGUCAACUUGCAGUGGGAGCCGCGCAAAGUGUGUGGAAAGAAGCCGCAAGGGCGAGGCUAUCACCAGGCUUGGCUUCGCGAUUCGAGGCUGUUUGUGCACGGCGGAUUCGAUGGCAAGGAUAUCUUUGACGAUCUGCACUUCCUCGACCUUGCUGCAUGCGCUUAUCUGCCGCAGAUCACCAGCUUCAGCGUCGAGCUUGACGACGAAGUGUGA